UUCCAUAGAUUUCCAUGGCAUGGUCACACCGCCCAUGACGACUUUACACAAAUCAUAAUAAUAAUAAUAAAAAGUAGCCGAAAAUAAUGCACAAUUAACGCGAUCCGACGGAAGCUACGCGGUGACCCACAUGCUGUAGCAUGGACAAACUCCGAGGCGGCAGCCUGGUCGGUGGCGGCAGUGGAUCCUCCAGUGUCGUGGGAUCAACGACUCCGGGACCGGAGCACCAGCAACUGGAACAGUAUCCUAAAAACCUGAUCGAGCAAUAUCUAAGGGCCUCCAGCAAGAUUAAGAAGUUCGAGCGGUCCGGCUUCUUCAAACGCUUUGCACCCAGCGUGGUAGAUGUGCAGGCGGACUUCCAACGACUGGCCUACAGCUUCGAGGAGUCGGGCAUCCUUCAGUAUGCGGCCAUGUGCCACAUAGGCUACGCCAAGUGCGAAUCCUAUGGCGGAUCUCCUCAACGUGAAUCGGAGGCCUACCUGAGAGCAGCAAGAUCCUUCCUGGGAGCACACAAUGAAUCUGGACAGCUGCACCUGCGCACCCGGAGCUCGGGUUUCCGAGAGGGGGCGCUCCACUGCUAUCAUCGUGCCGCUGAACGAGCGGUGGACGGAUGCGUCUUCAAGGCAGCUAUUUUACGAGAGCUAAAACAGUUGCAACGCCAGUUGGACAGCACCAGCAGCUUCGCUUCGCCCACGCAUCAGAUUCAUGACCUAGAAAUCAGCGCCGAGACGUGUGGGCAGCGCGGCGACUUCCGGAGUGCACUGCAGCACUAUGAUGACAUUGUGGACAAUGUCUACGAAAGGCGCGGUGCUCGCAUGUACGGAGAAUUAUUAAGACGCGUAGAGGUAUUACGUCUGCUGCUCCUCGUCCAUUUAAAUCUGCCGCCUGCACGCCAGUCUCCUGCCCACAUCAAGCUGAUCGAGUACUACUAUAAUCUAGCCCAAUUCGAGGCGUAUCCUUGCUCGGCGGACGAUGGCGGAUCAGUGGAGCGUCCGGGUGCAUUUGUACCGGAGCAACAGCAGUAUGCUCUAGCGGAGAUAACGUGUGCCUGGGUGGAGCGCAAUAUGUGCGAUCUAAAGCACCUGCUUCGCGACUUCGGAGCGGAAUUUGGAGCCCUGAGUGGCGUGGAAAGGCAGCUUCUUACGGUUAUGCAUGCCAACUUGUCCAGAAGCUACUAGAAUCUAGACAUAAGAUCGUACUGUACAUUAUAUACUACUGGAUCAUUACCACUGAAUAGCACAUGUAACUAUCGCUUAAGUGUAACCAAGUCUACCAACUAACCUUUGAACGUGCCUACACGCAUUAAAAACUUUAAUAAACGAAAGACCAGGUGAAUGCAGCAAUAAACGAGACGGUGCGAAACGCAAUGAUAUGUAAUGUAACAUUUAAACAAAACCAUUUGAGAUUUGUACAAUAAAUAAUAGAAUGCGAAUGGA